AUGGAUAUUGCUGAAAUCCUACUCUCACAAUUUCCUAAUCCUCAACAUCCUUAUGUUGCUAAAAAUGGUGCCUGUACAUGGAAAGCCUGCCAAAAGUGGGAUCUGCAUUAUCUGUCAGGGAGAAUAAAAAGUAACUUGAAAUUUCGUCUGGCUAAAAAAGAAAGUAUCGAAGUACAGUGGGAGACAUCUUGUCCGUCUGUUAAUGCAACAUUAUCAGAAUUUAAUGAAUGGAUAAAUGGAGUAGACAAUAUGAGUAAUCCUUUUUCUAAGUACCCUAAAGAAUCUUGGUGGGCUUAUGCGGAUUACAUAUAUAUGAAUCAGUCACCUGAUUUUCAAGGUUUAGUCGAAGAUUUAUCGUUCCAAGAAUUGUUCCCGUUUCUAAAAAGUAAUAUCAGUCCAACAUUUUGGCUUGGAUCGUCUAAAGCUCAUACCAUUUGUCAUCGAGAUACCUACGGAGUUAAUCUGGUAGUACAAAUCAAAGGGUCCAAACGCUGGAUAUUAUUUCCACCUUCGGAUAGCCCACAUAUGUAUAUAGUCAGAUAA